AUGCACCUUCAAGGAGUAGCAGAUGAGAUCAUGUGUAGAGCCUUCCCUACCACACUAAGAGGUCCCGUAAGAAUUUGGUUUAGCAGGUUGACGCCUAACUCCAUUAGCACUUUCAAGGACCUAAGCACUCAAUUCGCUUCACACUUUAUCGGGGGACAUAGAUAUAAGAAGUCAACCGCAUACUUAAUGAGCAUUAGGCAACAAGAGGAUGAGACGCUGAGGUCUUAUAUAGCCCACUUCAACAAGGAAGCACUCUCGAUUGACGAAGCUGACGACAAGAUCCUCGUAGCAACCUUUACAAACGAGCUACGAAAGGGUAAGUUUUUAUUCUCCUUGUACAAGAAUGACCCGAAAACCAUGUUGGAUGUGCUUUACAGGACCACCAAGUACGUGAAUGCUGAAGAUGCGUUGCUGGCCCACGAGGAAAAACCCAAGAAGAGAGAGAGGCAGGAGGAAGCUUGGCAGGAUAGGGGUAGAAAGAUGGCCAGAACAGGAGAUAAAAGAGAUGAUCGACGAUCCAAGCCCCCGACAAGGAGGUUAACAAACUUCACCCCCUUGAAUACCCUGAUUAAUCAGGUCCUAAUACAUAUCAAAGAUGAAGGAGCCUUGACAUUCCCCGACAAAUUAAAGGGUGAUCCUAGCAAGAGGCCCAGGGAUAAAUAUUGUCAUUUCCACCAAGACCACGGUCACGACACGUCUGAUUGCUAUGACUUGAAGCAGCAAAUAGAGGCCUUCAUUAGGAAAGGAAAACUGCAAAAAUUCGUUGGUAAGGAAGGAAUAGAAUAG